AGGGGGAGGAAUGAUGGAGGACAUGUACACCGCCCACUGCACUAGUGCUGCUUGUUAUGCGAGGUCGGGGUUUCGGGUUGAACUUUGCCACCCAUUUAUUACUUUAUAACGUUCCGUUUUUUGGAGGUAGUUCUACAACCGUCUAAUUCUCAGCGGCACAUGCGUCUGUAACCCGCAGCUACAAAAUGUACAUUUGGCUUACAAUCAUCGCCGGAUUGGCUGUUUUGCCCUUUCUUCUGAAAACGUUAUUCGAUCCAUACUUUGGCCAAGACUGUUCAUAUGUCUUCAGCGCAAUCAAACUUGGAAUCAGGCUGCAAAAAUACAAAAAGAAAAAUCCUUUCUAUAGCAUUUUGGACUGCUUUUUGGACACGGUGAAGAAACAACCGAAUAAAACGUUUAUACAUUUUGAGGGGACAUCCCAUUCUUACAUCGAGGUGGAUAAGCAGAGUAACAAGGUUGCCAGAGCAUUGAAGACUCACGCUAAUCUAAAAGAGGGGGACACGGUAGCUCUCUUUAUGGGGAACGAACCCUCUUACGUGUGGAUUUGGCUGGGCCUGGCCAAACUGGGCUGUGCAACCGCUCUGCUAAACUUCAACAUACGGUCAAAAUCUCUGCUACACUGUUUCUCAUGCUGUGGGGCCAAAGUGAUCAUCGCGGCGGCAGAGCUGAAAGAGGCAGUGGAGGAGGUUCUCCCUACACUAAAACAGCAGGGUAUCUCUGUGUACCUCUUGUCAGAGGAGUGCAGUGUAGAAGGCAUCAACCCCCUCUCAGAACAUAUCACCCAGGCCUCAGACACUCCCCUGUCAGCUGACCUCAGGGCCAACAUCACCAGCAAGAGCCCUGCGCUCUACAUCUACACCUCAGGGACCACUGGUCUACCUAAAGCGGCUCUGGUGACCCAGGAGAGGGUGUGGAUUGCGUCCUUUAUCCAAGCCGUCUCAGGAGUGACGUCCGAGGAUGUGUUCUAUAUCAACCUGCCUCUGUAUCACAGCGCAGGCUUCCUCAUCGGACUCGCUGGGGCCAUCGAGAGGGGCAUACCAGUUGUUCUGAGGAGAAAGUUUUCAGCGUCUCAGUUCUGGGAGGACUGUAGGAAACAUAAUGUCACAGUGAUGCAGUACAUCGGAGAGACCAUGAGAUACCUCUGCAACACACCCAUGAAAGACAACGAGAAGGACCAUAAAGUGCGUAUUGCCAUCGGCAACGGCGUCCGUACAGACAUCUGGACAGAGUUUCUGAAUCGUUUUGGAGACGUAGCUGUCAGGGAACUGUACGCCGCCACCGAGGGCAACAUCGGCUUCAUCAACUACACCAGCAAGAUCGGAGUGGUUGGACGAGUCAACUUUCUCCACAGGAGACUGUUCCCCUAUACUUUGAUCAAAUUUGACAUUGAAAAGGAGGAACCUGUUAGGAACUCCAAGGGUCUGUGUAUCCAAGCAAUGAAAGGUGAGGCUGGACUUUUGGUUGGAAAGAUAACCAAGAGAUCUCCCUUUGUUGGUUACACUGGUAACGACCAGCAGACGGAGAAGAAGAGACUGAGAGACGUUUUACAGAAAGGUGACCUGUACUUCAACACUGGAGACCUGUUGAGGAUCGAUGAACAAAACUUUGUUCAGUUUCAGGAUCGGGUUGGUGACACUUUCAGGUGGAAAGGCGAGAAUGUUGCUACAACUGAAGUGGCAGAUAUCCUCACAAUGGUGGACUGCAUCGAGGAGGCUAAUGUAUAUGGUGUGAAAGUUGAAGGUCACGAGGGGAGGAUUGGAAUGGCUGCUGUAAAGGUAGAAGAAGGGAAAGAGUUUGACGGCGCUAGCACCUUCAGCCAAGUAGCCAGCUACCUCCCUGCUUACGCAAGACCGCGCUUCAUUAGAAUACAGACCUCCUUCGAGAUGACGGGAACAUUUAAGAUGAAGAAAGUGACGUUGGUGGAAGAGGGCUUCAACCCAGCUGUGGUCCAAGAUCCUCUGUUCUUCUUAGAUCCAGCUAAGAAAACAUACGUACCACUCACCGAAGAGAUAUACUCCUCCAUAAACACCAGAGAAAUUAAGUUAUAAAAUCAAAAUGUGAUUUAAAAAAAAUAAUAAUAACCAUGGUAGCCAAUUAAUGUACAAAAUCUGCAUUAA